UCCGGCAGCGGUGAAACCGAGGAGAAAGCAACGAUAGGCGUCGGAAGUAAAACAGAAAUUGUUUCUGAAACCCUCGGAUUUGCACAAUUAUCGCAUAAGGGAAGUGAGCUUCGUUUAUGAACCCUUUCAUCUUGUAGAUUAAACUUUAUUUAGCGUUUUUUUAAACGUGUAUCGCCCCCUUGAUGAAGUGGGAUGGCUGCAGUGCCGACUGGGCCUAGCAGCGCAUUGCCAGCAUCCCCGGCUGAAAUUAUUCUCUUCCCCGGGGAUGGGAGUUUCGAACCUGGGCAAGGGGAGCAGUCUGGCUGCGGUCGGGAGGGCUCUGUAGCCUCUGGGGCAAGACAGGAGCAGCAGGUCAGCGAGGACAAACGGUCAAGUAAGAAAAAACAGAAAAACAUGCUAUCCCAUGCUAACCCGGCUGCGCUACACCUCAAAACGCAAGCCCUGCAAGAACAGAAAAUUAACGGCUUGGUCUGUCCUUCGGAAAAUCGACCCAAAAAUCUGAGAACGUCCACGGAGUACUGUGACAACAGCAGUUUUGGAGACGACCCGAGCGACAAAAACAAUAGCGACCAUUGCUGCCAACAUGAGGACCACAGUCCGUGUUCGAAAGGCAGCCACCCUCACUUGAACAACAAUAGCAUGAACGGUAUGCUGACUAUCAUAAGAACUGAGGCUAUCCAAAGCCACCCUGUAACGGGAGACGGCCCCUGUGGUAACGUUAGGAAAUGGGAAUGCGACCCCACGGAAGCCCCUCGUCCACCGAGCCAGCAGUCCCCAGACUGCGAAGGCCCCGGUGAGCCCCGGGCUGGAGUAGAGAGUGAACCCGACGCCCCCAACCAGCCGCCGGUGUCAGAAUUAGCGAGGCUGGAUCUUAACUGUUCGCCUUGCCGAGGAGAGGAAGAGAGCCAGGGGAUUCAUUAUGUCCGAUACGAAUCCGAGCUACAGAUGCCAGGAAUCAUGAGGUUGAUCACUAAGGACUUAUCUGAGCCCUAUUCCAUUUAUACCUAUAGGUACUUCAUCCACAACUGGCCGCAGCUCUGCUUUCUGGCCAUGGUGGAGCAGGAGUGCGUGGGGGGCAUUGUGUGCAAGCUGGACAUGCACAAGAAGAUGUUUCGUCGUGGCUACAUCGCCAUGCUGGCUGUGGACUCCAAAUACCGGAGGAAAAGCAUUGGUACUAACCUAGUGAAGAAGGCCAUCUAUGCCAUGGUAGAGGGGGACUGUGAUGAGGUGGUUCUUGAGACUGAGAUCACUAACAAGUCAGCUCUGAAGCUGUAUGAGAACCUGGGUUUUGUCCGAGACAAGCGGCUCUUCAGAUAUUAUCUGAAUGGUGUGGACGCGCUGAGGCUCAAACUCUGGCUCCGCUAGAGAGAGGAGGAUGACAGGUGCUGCCCUCUUACUGAACCAACUCCACAGUCUCAGUCACACACAUGCACCCUUAUGCACAUGCACGCAUAUUCACAUACAUAUGCAUACACAUAGGCAAACGCACACUACCCCCAUCAGACAUACACCCCUCCUUUUUUGAUCCUCGACAUCUUGGAUAAUGGCUCUUUGGUCAAGGCUGCACUGAAAGGACAGACAAAUCCCACCAAAUGUUUUUAUGAAGAGACCCCUGCUGCCUUAGCUGUAUGACCCUGUGAGAGGGGGGGAGGGAUGUGUAAUGUGGUCUGGUGACCUUUAGCCUCUAAACUUUGAACCCCCCAACGGAGCAGUGUGUGAGGCAUGAGGUCAAGUCAGUACCCACAAAACCCCGGAGGGCAACUCAUCACGUUGAGUCAUCCACCAGAAUGCAGGCAAGAAGAAUUGGAGAAAAAAAAGAAUAAACGGAGGGUGAAAAUAAGGAAGUGGGGGGGCAGACUCAAGAAAUAUUUGUCAUGGUUUUUUUUUGCGUUUCUUUUUUAAUCUCAUGAGUCAACAGGGGGUUGGAAAAGCUAUAGUGUGUGUGUUUGUUUUGCCUAGUGGAUUUGGAAAAGUGAGUGUUCAGGCUAUUUCUUGUAUGCACGUGUAAGGGAUGUGGUUGGUGUGACUGGGUGUGAGUGUUUGUGAAGUUGUGUAGUGCUUGAUGGGAAUCCUGAGUUAUGCGUGUUGGUGUGCGUUUCUCCCCCCCGUCUGUGUUUUUGCUGCCCCCUACGGUGUGAGAUGAUCACGCCGAUUGCUUUGCUCGCUGUUCACUUUUCACCCCCAGACAAAGAGCUGGAGCCUGUAAAGAUAUGCAUGCAUUCAUUUUAACAAAAGUGGCGGGAUGAGUGUGUGUUAACACUGAGCGUUGCCCAGUUCCAAACAGAACCAUAGUCCUAACUCCUAGGCACGUGUAGAUCUGAAAGGACUGGACUGGUGUAAGCAGUAUGGUGCCAAUUCCUCCUGGCUUAUCAGAGGGCAAGGUGGGGCUAUAACCAUUUUAAUCAUUCCUAUUCAAUCAUUUUAGACAUAUAUGAAGUGCUUAGUGGAGGAGGGGCUAUUUAGAGAUUGGGCCUUUUUGCAGAUCAAAGCAAAUUUUCACCAAUUGCACUUCCAGCCACUGGAACACUGCUGAAUAACCUUUAGAAGGAGAUAAUUCGGUUUUAAUUCAAAAUAGUUAUUGAGAAAGGAGUCAUUGUAGGUUUGGGAGGGGAAACUAUUCCAUUAUUGCAGUUUGUUCAUUCAGAUUCCUCCUAACUUGUAGACUCGUUCCCAAGUACCACUCUGUCUUUCAAUUUAUCUUCGUCACAGUUGUCUGUCUGAAUGAACCCCAUCCAGAGCACUCGAGUCCUGUUUCAGCAUGGCAAAGUGUCAGGCUGGAAUAGUAAUAUUAAAAAUGCUGGACCCCUGCUGGCUUCGCUGUGUGUUUUGAGUAUGCUCAUCUUUGGUUCACCUCUGGUAAAAGAGGGCAGAAGUAUUGUUAUCAGUUUUCCUAUCAGCAAUUUGCUUUCUGAGUUUGUUUAGAUUCCUUACUAUACGCUCUUACACUCGCUCACUUUCCGUUUGUGUCCGAGUCUUGUGUGCACUUCCCAGGGACCCUACUCUUAUGCAGAUCACUCCCCAGUAACAUUUUAGAUCUCCACUGUCCUCCUGGGAAUGACUAACGCACCAGGUGUUUUCUAUCCACUCGAAUUAUGGCGAAGAAAAUAUGCAUUUGUGGCUGCUUUAAAAAAUAGAAAAAAAUACAUCUAUACAUUUUUUCUUCCCAGAGUAAAUGAACAACGGUCAGAUGCACUUUGUUUGGCUAUUGCUGCAGUGAGCAAGUGUGUGUGUGUGUGUGUGUGUGUGUGUGUGUGUGUGUGUGUGUGUGUGUGUGUGUGUGUGUGUGUGUGUGUGUGUGUGUGUGUGUGUGUGUGUGUGUGUGUGUGUGUGUGUGUGUGUGUGUGUGUGAAAGAGGUACGCGUGUUUUGACAGAUUGGUAUGGAAUCGGAUCUGUUCAGACUCCCACUUCGCCCAUUCCCAUUUAAGUCCUCUACAGUAUAGUGAAGACAUGGAUCCCGGGAGCUAUAGUACUGAGCAGCAGUAAGAACUGAAGAGCUGAAUCAUGUCCUACCAGAGACACUACUGUUCUGUACCGCUGAGCCGUGAUUGCUGUCACAAAGGCCAAGAGGGAGCAGCUAUCUAGUAUCUACCCAUGAUGUGUUCUAUGGUAUACAUUGACAUACACAAGUCAUUUUGGGCCAGGUUUACUCAGUGUUUCCAUCUGCUAUUUUACAUCUGGUAUAAAAACAUGCCAACAGUUAGGAACAGUUACCUGAGGUCUUUGUUCGAAAUAGGCCGGUCUGCUAUUCAACUGGCUACGAUUGCAGAAUGGGAAGUAGGAGCAGAUGUAAACUGACGGACUAACCACCCACACAUCAGCUUGUGUGUGUAAAGUGUGUGUGUUAACAAAUACGGAUCAGAUUUUUUUUUUUUUUCAUUUUUCAUUGCAGAUUUAUAUACGAGUGUUGGUUCUUCUAUUGAUUUGACAUUUGAGAGCAACUUUUUGUGAAUUGUGUUUUUUGAGGGAUUGAUUGAGUGGGUUUUCUGUUUCUUUUUCUCUGCUCAUUUAUUUAGACCGAUCCAGCGGUGUAUAUUGAACAGCGAUGAUGUUAUUAGAGAUCCAGAAGCACAGAUGGGGAGGUUAAAUGUUCCCGAGCCAAACUGCUUCAAACUGUUCCCAUGGCACUCUGCUCCAUUCACUGGGAAGACUUCCAUUAGGCUCCCUGUGUAGAAUCUAGACUCUUUCUGACAUUGCUCUAAUCCUGUUUUAUUCUAGAGGUGUGAGGCUCUCUCCUGUCCUAUUUUCAAAUGAAAUAGGUCUUUUUAAUUUGGUCUGACCCUCGCUCCUCAUUUUCAUGGAUCGGGUCUUUUAUUUCCCCCUUACUUUUUUAACAUUGUUAACCCCUGGCAGUGCCAGUAGGAAUCGUGAGCAUUCUAGCAUUCCAUGAUAGACCAGACCGCUCCACUUUGACCAUCAACACCAGAGGUCUGUUCAGGAGGGUGCCCUUUUUACAGAAAGCUCAUAUAUAAAUGUUUUGUCUAGAACCAAUCUGAUUCUCGGUCUUGUAGAAUUGGGAAUUGUGUCGGCUCUAUUCACUACAUUUCUAGCUGCAAUGUUCUGAAUGUUGCACCUCAUUGAAUGAACUCCAGUUGAAGGGCUUCCUCAGCAGUCUGUCAUUGGUCAUUUCUAUAGUCCUUCAUUUAAUGUAUAUCUAAAGCUCUGGUCUGUUUCGAACAAAGGAUUGGUCUAAAGAAGAAACAUCCGCUUCCAGACUAGCUGAUAACUUCCAAUCCCUUAUGGCUUCAUAUGAAAUCAAUAAAUGGUUUUCACUCCAGAGAAAUCAAGUUGAUUUCACAAAGGCCCCUUAACCUGUCCUGGAGGACCAGCGUCCCACCGGUUGCCAAGCUACCCUUCAUCCCAGUGCUCUCCCACUCCUCUCCCAUCUCAUUGGAUGAGAGUUGUCAUGUUUUUUUUAUUGGAUGUUCCACUGUUUAUAUCCGCAGCAACUGGCCUGUUGAUAAGAUGGGCCACGUAGGACUGGAGUUGAGCUGCUUCUCUUGCUAGAAUUUCCCUUUAGGCACACCCAUCUAGGAUCAGCUUACCCUUUCCAAAUCCUAACCUUCACCAUUCGGGACGGGGGAUGCAAACUGACCUUAGCUCAGUGGGUAUAUUCUAGGCACCCCCACACACUGUGCCCCUGCAGGACCAGCUAAAGGGGGGCAACGUUUGUUGUUUUGGGGUGACCAGCCCAGCCCCCUCCGAUCUGUAAGAUGUGCUAAGGGAAGUUUUUUUGCAUUUGAGUUCUGUUCCGUCUUCCCCUGUCACCUUUUUUUUUUUCUGAAAGUGUCCGACGAUAUCUUUUUAUUUAAUGUGGAAAAAGAAAACAAAUAAAUUAUUUGAUUUUUUUAAUGCUG